GAGGUGGCUGACUUUUGUUAAUAAUGGCUUCAGUACGAGUUGCGGUUCGAGUCCGUCCAUUGAACAAAAGAGAAAAGCACUUGUCGUCCAAGGUGAUCGUUUUUAUGAAGGGAAACACUACAUCUAUUCGCAAGCCUUCACCUGUUCGAGGAGAUGAGCUCAAGGACAAUGGAAAGAUCUUUUCAUUUGACUUCUCAUAUGAUUCAACUGACAGAGGCAGACCCACGUUCGCAUCCCAGGAGAAGAUUUUUCAUGACUUGGGGUCUGAUGUCCUGAAAGCUGCAUUUGAGGGUUUCAAUGCCUGUGUGUUUGCCUAUGGACAAACAGGCUCAGGGAAAUCUUACACCAUGAUGGGCCACACGGAUGAUAAAGGUUUAAUCCCACGGAUCUGUGAGGGCUUGUUCUGUGAGAUAUCUCGAAGAAGCAUGAGUGAUUCGGCGUCAUUCAGUACACAGGUCAGGUAAGGGACCAUCACGCAUAUAGC